UGUCCCUCAUUUUAUAGUUCAUUGAUUUUAGUUCACGAAAUCUCGUGUUCAGGGAGAUUUCGCGGGACUUUCUGAAAGUUGGUUGAAUGGAAAAGGCGUUGGAUAUCGCUUGGUAUCAAAUGUACUUUUUUACAAGUUUUACUGUUCACCUCAAGCUCUUUUUAGUCUCUGCAAUUGGUCAUCUUACAAAGCAAGUUCCAGCACAGCACAGUAGAAGUUUGUAUGAAUGGCAGAGUGAUUUGUGGUUUACAGUUCGGAGUACUUUGUGGUUUACAGUUCUUACAGAACUGAGCCAGGGUUACGAGGAUUAUGAGAGCUAUGAGGAUGAUGCUACAGACAGCUUUGAUAAUACUAUAAGUGAUGAAUCUAAAAUGACAAUGAUUGUUGUAGAAGUAAAUAUAGUUAUAGAAGUGAAUAAAUUAAAUCCACGUCUGACGUCUCGUUUGUAUUUAAAUAAAGUAAGGAAAACCAACGAGAUUACAAAAAGAAAAGGCAGUCUGAAUUGUCUUAGUGUUCUUCAGACUGAUGUAGAAUAUGAAACAAUUAUACCUGAUAGUCACAUUCUACUUGUGAUUAGCACUGAUACAGCCAUGAUACCCCGUGACACUACACCGUGUGAUAUUCCAUUAAUGCAGCUUUCUUAUACAAGAAAAUAUUAA